AUGUUGCUCGCUGAAAUCAUCCAUGCAACCGGCAACGGCCAAGGCCCCAAAGCCGCCCUCCUCAGGCCCAGCCCGGGUAUAUCUGAUGCACUGCAACUGCUCGAAUAUCUAGGCACAUUCAACAACCAAGCUGCCAUUCAACGCAGAGAUCAAAUCCAGCGCAUCUACUCGCACAUUUCCUCUGUGCAUAGUCAGUCUCCACCCAAAGAAAGCCCGAGUCCCUGCCGUGAUCACACGCACCAGCACGGAGAGCUGCAAGCUCAAUCCAGUGCUUGGGACCCUCCUCUAACCCCUCCUCCCGUCAACCGAUCUGCAAUUGCCUCCGGCUCGAUCCCGACUGGUCCAGACGCCACCGGUUUCCCCACACUUGAAACAAUGUCAGAGGGGUAUACUGCCGCCUCACUGCCCAUCGAGUUUCCAGACGACCCCUACGCCAUGUACUCCCUGUACUAUGACAGGGACCUGAACCUGACCGGAGGCGACCUGCCAGACUUCGAACAGCUGCAAAGACAUUUCUUCGGUUCCGAUCCUGUCACUUGA